UAUGAAUGCGCAUCUUUGGUUAGAUAGUAAUUAGUGCUCAGAUAAAGCUCCGUAACGUAAUACACCUUAACAACGUUCGACGUUAAUAACGUUUUACAUUAUACGUACGCUUGUGCGGAGUGAGAUGGCUAUGGCAGGUGGUUGUAAAUCUUUAAUUUUGCUCGUGGGCUUAUCAGCUGGAAUACUAGCAGCUCUGGGACAACAUGUUCACCACGACGUAAAAGGCCAUGACGAAUACAAUAUCACUGUUUCAACUCUCUCCGGCAAUGCCGCCGAGCCAACAUGGAUAAUUGAUGGAGAAAGCAAGCUGCCCGAUGUCAAAAAACUUGGCAAUGCCAUAAAAGCUUAUGUGCAUGAACAGAUGGACAAGGCGCAUUCAACAGGUGGCGGGCACCAUGCCGGAGGUUGCGGGGGUGAAAAGGACACUCUUCCGUCUUUUCCUUCUGUCAAUGGUUACCGCGGCAUGGAUGUCGCACACUAUGUGAACGGGAAAUGCAUACACAUAUGGCGCAUCAUGAAGUGUGAUAACAUUGCCCUUGAGUAUUAUAUCAUAAAUCUGACCGCCGGAAACGAGAUGUCUGCUGCACGAAAGAGGGAAGCCUUUCAAAAGUUAAGGGUCUGCCUAGCUAAGAAAAAAGCGGCCACCAAAGCAGAGUCUAACACAAAGCCGGCGGCUAAACCAUAACACUUUCUCACAAAACGUUUGCAUCCAGUUGUACGAAACUGGUUUGGCUAAUUAGCCAAAAUAUUUAUUGAUUGGUCAAUAUUUUUCUUUUGAUUUUAUGUGUAAACUAGCCCAAGUUUAACCCUAAAGAUUACUGAACCAUUUGUUAGCAAGUGAGUGAAGGUUCCUUGGCGAUUAAUUUCAAGACAUGCUUUAAAAUUGAUACAUGUACAAAAGCUACACUUUUAGAUUUCAUGUUUCUGAUAUGGUUAACAAAUUUAGAGUAAAGCUUUGUCAAUGGUAAACUACCCAUAACUCAGUUUGAAUAUUGCUUAUACUGCUUUUCAUAGUCAGAUUCGACAGCAAUUAGUAACAUGCUGGUAAAUUCAAAAAUUAUAUGUGGGUAAUUAGCAUUUUAGGGGGGGGGGGGGAUAUCAUUAAAAUAAUUGGUUCUUAAUUAUUUGAUGGCAAAAUGUGAUAUGUUGGAUAAUUAUGUUGUGUUUUUUUAAGAAUAAAGAUACUUGUAUGCACUAUGUGUUUAUAGUUCACCACUUGCUAUGCGUCCAAUCGGCUCCCAGA